AUGGAGCCCAUGGAGGCAGCGGUGGGCGGGAAGGCGGUGGACGCGUACCGGAAGGCGCUGGCCACGGCGGCCUCGGCGGCGGCGUACGCGGUCAUGGCGCGCAGCAUGGCGCGGGAGCUGCUCCCCGAGGAGCUCCGCGCCGCGGCGCGCUGGGCCGCGUCGGCGCUCGGGGCCCGGGUCGGCUGGGGCCAAAGGGACCGGCGCACGCUCGUCGUCCGGAGCCAGCCGAGCAGCACCGGCGCCGGCGGCGAGGACAACCUCCUCUUCGAGGCCGCGCGGACGUACCUGGCGUCCAGGCUCGACCCGCGCGCCAUGCGCCGCCUGGGCGUCACGCUGGCGCGCGCCAGGGACGACGCCGGCCGCGCCAGCUGGCGGAGGCUCCUCUUCCUGGAGCCCGGGGGCUCCACCUUCGACGACUUCGAGGGCGUCCGCUUCACGUGGACGUGCGUCGAGCCGACGUCCGGCGGCGGCGGGACCAAGAAGAAGGCCAAGAAAGGAGGCGAGCCCAGCGCCGGCGGCGACCGCGACUUCGCGCUGGAGCUCAGCUUCGACGCCCAGCACACGGACGUCGCCAUGGACCGCUACGUGCCCUUCGUCAUGGACGCCGCCGAGGAGGUGCAGCAGCGGGAGCGCGCGCUCAAGAUCUGCAUGAACGAGGGCCGGAUCUGGUACAGUAUGAGCCACCACCACCCGGCCACGUUCGACACGCUCGCCAUGGACCCCGCGCUCAAGCGCUCCAUCGUCGCCGACCUGGACCUCUUCAAGAGCAGGAGGGACCACUACCGCCGCGUCGGCAAGGCAUGGAAGCGCGGGUACCUGCUCUACGGGCCGCCGGGCACAGGCAAGUCCAGCCUCGUGGCCGCCAUGGCCAACCACCUCCGCUACAACCUCUUCGACCUCGACCUCUCCCAUGUGCAGUUGAACACCUCGCUGCAGUGGCUGCUCCUAGGCAUGUCCGACAAGUCCAUCCUCGUCAUCGAGGACAUUGACUGUUGCUGCGAUGCCAUGUCGAGGACGGACGACAAGGCGCCGCCGGUGCGUACCGGCGGACGUACCACCGGAGACGAUGGUGGCCAUGAUGACAUCGACGACGGCCCUACAUCGGAUUCGGGCACUGCUCCGCCGCCCAACAAAUCCAACAGCAAUCAGGUGACGCUGUCCGGCCUGCUCAACUUCAUCGACGGGCUGUGGUCGACCAGCGGCGAGGAGCGCAUCAUCGUCUUCACCACCAACUACAAGGACCGCCUGGACCCGGCGCUGCUGCGUCCCGGCCGGAUGGACAUGCACAUCUACAUGGGCUACUGCGGCUGGGAGGCUUUCAAGACGCUCGCCCACAACUACUUCCUCGUCGACGACCACCCGCUGUUCCCGGAGAUACAGGAGCUGCUCUCCCAGGUGGAGGUGACGCCGGCCGCCGUGACGGAGAUGCUGCUGCGGAGCAAUAAUGCCGACGUCGCGCUCCGGGGGCUCAUGGAGUUCCUCGAGGAGAAGAACAAGAAGAAGCAGGCAAUGCCUACUGAAGGGAAGCAGAGUGAAGAAGAAGCUGGGAAGGAGGCGGCAUCAAGGGAACCAUCGAAGUAA